UCCGCCAUUGCGUUCCGCCAUUUUGCUUGUUCAGGAGAGAGCGUAAAACAGCUCCUAUGUAUUCUAAAGUGGUGUUUAGUUAUUUAUUUUAAUACAAUUAGUGUUUCAAUACACUAAUGGCUUGCUUAAAUACACUUAAGUUAGAAAUUAAGACUCUAGAACAAGUGUUUCCAAAAAAUCAUGAGCGGUUUCAGAUAAUGUCAGCUAGUGUCGACGAACUGACCUGCAGAUUCGUUGGCAGAAAUGGAAAGAAAUAUGAGAUACACGCAAAUAUCACAGAGACAUACCCAAAUACUCCACCAGUAUGGUUCGCCGACAGUGAAGAUCCAAUAGUGACAAAUGCUGUGCAGAUUCUGAGUAACACACAGGGGAGAGAUAAUCAUGUUAUAAAUCAGGUGGGUAUAUUAUUGAGAGAGCUAUGCAAGUUACACGGUGUGCCGGAGCCUCCAGAUUUGGACUCGCUCUCUCUGCCCCUCCACCCAGCGCCCCAUCAAAGAGUACCAAGUGUAACAUCAAAUGGGGCGGAGUCUGGCACGGAGGAGGACGAGGAAAUGGCCGCCGAGGAGGACGAAUCGGAGGGGGAGGAUGACUUGCCACUAGAGAUGGUUGACGAUGCUGGUAGAAGCAACAAGGAUGACAUGGAAACAGAGCACUUAGCGACACUGGAGCGACUCAGACAGAACCAACGGCAGGACUAUCUAUCGGGGAGCGUGUCUGGUAGCUUACAAGCGACUGAUCGGCUGAUGAAGGAGCUCAGGGAUAUAUACCGUUCACACUCGUUUAAGAAUAAUAUGUACUCUAUAGAGUUGGUAAACGAUUCACUAUAUGAAUGGAACAUUAGACUAAGGUCGGUGGAUCCGGACAGUCCAUUACACAAUGAUCUGCUAGUUCUCAAGGAGAAGGAGGGGAAGGACUCGAUAUUACUCAAUAUUAUGUUCAAGGAGACAUAUCCGUUUGAGCCACCCUUUGUGAGGGUCGUGUACCCUAUUAUAUCUGGAGGCUACGUGCUAGUCGGCGGCGCGAUAUGCAUGGAGCUGUUAACGAAACAGGGCUGGUCGUCCGCGUACACCGUGGAGGCGGUUAUCAUGCAGAUAGCCGCGACUUUAGUCAAGGGCAAGGCGCGGAUCCAGUUCGGCGCGACUAAAGUCGUGUCGCAGUCGCAGUACAGCCUCGCCCGCGCGCAGCAGAGCUUCAAGUGCCUAGUGCAGAUACAUGAGAAGAAUGGAUGGUUCACACCGCCAAAGGAGGACGGCUAAGCGUAGCCGUCGCACAGCACAUAAGACUAACGUGUUACUAUCGCCCAUGAACUCUACACUCAAUCGGAAAGUGACGAAUAGUAUUCGAUUCCAUUACGUUUUAUUGAGCGCAGUUUGUAUAAUACUGUGUCGUGUAUGACUGUGGAACGUAUCUCAUAUUGUAUGUGUAUUGAUAAGUGCUAUUAUUGUUCUGAAUGCAAGUGCGGUAACGAGAGACUCAUAAGACUUAUAGGAAAUGUUUAAUGUGUAACGUUUUUUGUAAUCAUUAAUUUUUUCUCGUAAAGUUAUCCAUAUGUGUAGACCUAGACGUUAACGGAGUGUAAAGUGAAAAACUCUUUGCAUUUCUUUUUAGUUAUCGGAAUAAAAGAACCUGUGAUUCGUAAACAGUUUUUUGUUGAUCCUCUUUUAUUAUUGGGUAUUAUAGUACUUCCAUAUAUAUUUAGUGAAAUACGAGUAGUCAUAGAAGUGCAGCUUUUCAAUCCGACCUGGGAUUUAAGAUUAGCAUAGUUGAUUGACACAUUUGAAUGUACAGAACACAUGCUAUAUGAAGGAAAAUCUAGAAAAUAAACUGAGGCAUAUGAAGAUUAAGAAAGAUGAUUACAACACUUGGAUGGAUGUAGACGUAACUAUUCACUGUAGAGAUCAAGAUAUAUUUCAUAUCAAGCAAGGAUCUUGUAUGUAUCACUUUUGUACAAUGUUAUACGCUACCAUUAAAGGUAAGGCUUGAAUAAUAGUUUGAAAUAACUACAAUUUUAUAUGAACAGCAAAACAAUGUACUCAUUCAUCUUGUGCCUAAAUAAAUUAAGUUGAUGUAAGGUUAUUCUGAGACAGAAUAAAAAAAAAUAAUAACAUUGUACCUAAAACCAGAACUUGUAAAUAUUCUUAGUUGUCGGCAUAAAAACAAUAAAAAUAUAUUCAUAUUUA